AUGAAGUUAACAUUUGGCAUGCUCUCCGUGUCCGUUGCUUUGACCGGUGCGAUGAGCUUCGUAUUUCUAGUGGUCGCAAUUGGGACAGAUUUCUGGUACAUUAUCGAUGCCUCCAAACUGGAAACAUUCUCCAAUUCCUCCGACCAGCUCAGCUCCCAUUCUGGGCUUUGGAGAACUUGCAAAUUUCAAAGUAAAUGUUUCCACUUAAUUAAUCCAUUCUGGCAAGGGGACACAAACUUCACAGCCUCACAAAGACAACUUCUAAAUAUGCAUGGAACAUUUGUAGUUCUGCUUCCACUCAGUAUCAUCCUGAUGAUUUUUGGAGGAAUGGCUGGAUUUAUUAGCAUUUUAGCACGAGCCUAUGCGUUACUGCUAUUGACCGGAACUCUUUUUCUAUUUGGAGCGCUGGUAACACUUGGCGGGGUCAGUGUAUAUAUCGGAUAUUCUGCAGCAGCGUUUAAAGAAGCUGUUUGUCUGUCUGGAAAGAAGAUUCUGGAAGAUAUUAACAUCAGAUUUGGAUGGUCCUUGGCAUUGGCAUGGAUCUCCUUCAUUGCUGAGGUCUUUACAGGUGUCGCGUUCAUAUUAGCUGCAAAAUUGACAGGUAUGAAAAGGAGGCAGGAAGAAGUAACAUGAAGAGCUAACAUGUACUUAGCUUAAUUGCAACAAGAGCUGUGAUGUGUUAGGUUUCUGUAAAUUACAUUGAUAUAGAAGCAUAGAAUGAUUUCAAUAAUCUGGGGAACUGCUCAAAUAUGUAUUUCUCAUAAAGUUAAUAUUAUUUAAGAUGCUAUCAAUGCUGAAAAUGUGAAACUAAAUAUUAGUAGCUGAAAUACUUAAUGAAAACAGUGUUCUUUGUCACUGUUUAGUUUAUGUUGUUUAAUUGUUUGUAGGAUCAAAAUAUCUUUACUAAUGUAACUUUCAGAGAAAAAUGUAACAAAGAAAUGUUGUUGGUGAUUUGUGUGUGUUGACUGUAUGAAUAUACUAUAGCAGUGAAGGGAGAGCUCCCAGAAUUACAGGUCAAAUGGCAAGUGUUUCCGUUUUUGCAGAGCAAAUGUAUUUCUUGUGUGUUACUUUAUUUCUAUUAUCUAGAGUUACAGCAAAUGUCACAGAUUAAUGUUAAAUAAACUACAUCAGUUUCCAAAAAGAUUAGUGGGCUAAUCACAUGAUGCUACAUGUCCUAUAGGGAGCUGUGCACAUUGAGAACAUAGAUUGGUAAAGUAGGUUCCAAUUAUAGCACCACCAUUUUGAAUGCUCAUUCCUUUUGAGUACAGACUUAAAGCAGAUGAGUGGUAGCACUGCAGAAUAAACUGUCAGGAACCUUAGUGGCAAACAACUAAUUAAUUCUAAAAGGUACCACAAAAUGAGCAAUAAUGUGGUGUAAAAAUGCCAGGGGUUUAAUACUUUAUAUAUUUUAAUUAUGCAAUUGUUUUUCCUCUCCCUUCCUGACGGCAUUAAUGCUUUGCACAGAGGUGGUUCCAUGCACACCUGUUACUGUCCAACACCUUGCCCAAGUAUUUAUUAUUUAUUUGUGAGCCAUGACAACAUUGCCCGACUAUUCACCCACAAAAGAACAGCCCGCUACCCUGAACUGCAUGCAUGUCUGCACGUUUACAUUCGCAGCAGGAUUUGCUGAAGAACAAAAGGACUGGCAGUUUGAGCUGAUUUUGUGCUCUCUUACUCAUACAGCUGAGGCCAACUGUAGUUCCCCAUCUCUGCCCUAGCUGAGCUUGGCAAACUUAGCAAAUGCUGGUCACCUAACCUGGGUGCUUCAUCAACUAACUGGAUUAACGGGGUGAACCUUUGGAUGAGCCAAUUCCCAAAUAAAUUUUAAUAAGCCCACAAAAGAAAAAGUUAAAACACUUGACCUUUAAAAUACAGCAGGUAGAUUGGGAAUAGCAAGAAAAAGAAUAACUAUUAUCUGGUUGAACGUUUCCAGGAACAUAGAAGUUACCACCUUGUCACUUGAUCUUUAAAGCACUGUAAUUAAAACUGGUACAAAUGCACCUAAUGUACAAAAUAUUAAAGAAAAAAUAUUUUGUGAUCA